UACUUUGUUUGGCUUCAAGUUAAGAAAGUUAAGGAAAACAAAAAAUAAGUCAAAUUUCAAUUAAAAAACAGAUAAAAGGAAUUUCCUUUAAUUUUCACCUUAAGGAACAAUUAUUCAUGUUUUCGCCUUUCUAUAGUCUCUUUCUUUGUAUCCCAAUAUACCAUUAAAAAAUUAGAUUAACUAGAAAGUCAUUCAACAAGACUAUGUUUCUUUUUAAGGGAAUAAAAAUGGACAACAACUUGCAUGACAUGAUUUUACCGGACACAACGCCAUUAUUUAUGAAAGCACUGAAAGAAUGGCAUGCUAAGCUCCAUCCACAUUUUCCUUUUCCACUGGACUCUCUCUUUUCAUGCCAAACCAUCAUCCACAAUCAUAAUAUCUCAUAACUCCAUAUAAUCACAUCACAAAGAUCAAUCUCAUACGCCUAAAACAAAUCUAAGAAAAUGGAACCUCACAGUUUGUGUUGCUCAUUGGAAAUAUUGACACAACAUAUGAACACUGUCACUGAGCUUAUUAUCUCACCUUGUCAUUGUCUUGCAGUGCUUUUGGUUGCGUGUGUUGCAACCCUCUACGCUGCAUGCAGAAGAAAAACACCAAUUUAUUUGAUAGACUUCAACUGCUACUGUCCACCCAGUUCUUAUAGGCUACCGCUGGCCAUGUUUGAAGAGAAUCAAUUUUAUGAUGACAUGGACCCAGAGGCUGUUGCUUUCCAAUGCAAGAUCAUGGCCAAAUCAGGAUUCAGUGAGCUAACGUCCAUUUCUCCAUCUCUUGCACAGAUACCCAAAAUCAAAGCUCUCUCCUUUGCCCUUGAGGAGGCCGAGACAAUCAUGUGUUCAGUGAUAAAAAACCUGUUUGAGAAGAACAAGAUAAACCCUAAAACUAUUGACAUACUCAUCACUAAUAGCAGUGUCUUCUGCCCCACCCCGUCUCUCAGUGCCAUGGUGGUUAACAGGUUCAGAAUGAGGAGCAACAUCAUGAGUUUCAACCUAUCUGGUAUGGGAUGCAGUGCUGGAAUAAUUUCAAUGAGUCUAGCUAAAGACUUGUUGAGAGUUCACAAGAACUCACUAGCUUUAAUAGUAAGCACAGAGACGCUGAGUCUGAAUUGGUACACUGGUAAAAUCCCUUCUAUGCUGCUAUCUAAUUGCCUUUUCAGAAUGGGUGGAGCAGCUAUAUUGAUGUCUAGUAGGGUCCAAGAUAGGCACAAGGCAAAGUAUAAACUACAGCAUAUUGUCAGAACAAUCACUGCACAGGAUGAUGAAUCUCAUGGCUGUGUUUACCAACAAGUGGAUCCAGAGGACAAAGAAGGUGUAUCCAUAUCAAAGAGCAUAGUUAAUGUGUCUGGAGAUGCACUGAAGAAAAAUAUAGCUUCACUAGGACCAUUGGUUCUGCCUUUGAGGGAGCAAUUCUUGUAUUUAUUUUCCAUAGUUUGUCGAAAAAUGUGGAGUACAGGAAGAAUAAGCAUCUACACUCCAAAUUUCAACCAUGCUUUUGAGCAUUUCUGCAUACAUUCAGGGGGAAGAGCCAUCAUUCAAGCCGUUGAAAGAAACUUAAGGCUAAGGAAACAGGACGUGGAGCCAUCAAGCAUGACUCUCUACAGGUUUGGAAAUAUUUCAUCAUCUUCAAUUUGGUAUGAGCUGAGCUACAUAGAAGCAAAAGGGAGGAUGAAAUGUGGGGACAGGGUGUGGCAAAUUGCCUUUGGAAGUGGAUUCAAGUGUAACAGUGCAGUGUGGAAAUGUGUUUGUGACAUGAAGCCAGACACCUCCACUGCAUGGAGGGAUACAAUUCAUUCGUACCCAGUGGAUAUUAUGAGAACAAACUGAGGAUACAGAUCGCUGUACACAUUCAAAAAAUAAAACCUUAUAUUCCAUCCCAAGAAUUAAUAUUUGAUUUGAAAAAAAAAAGUUCUGUAUUAACUGUCAUCGUUAAGAAUUGUUUUAAAUAAACGAUGUCACUUUUUUCGUACAAGAGUAAUUUCCUAUCUACAGAUGCUAUGAAAUAGCAACAUGAGUUCAAAAACAAAGGUCCAUGUAAACUACAAAAUGAACCGAGUGACACAUUGAAAAAAAAAAUAAUUCAAGCUCAAGAUUUCUAAAAUUGUUCACCAAAUUAGUAUAGUGCUCAGAGCGCUUCAACUUCCUCAUUCGCAGAGUUGGUGGCCAAAUUAAGUUGCAAUGCUUUCUAGAUUAAAUUAAAACAAACCCUAUAUUUCAGAGUAGUAGAUGUAUUUCUCUAGUUUGAGAUAGUUUAAACAAUAUAAACUCGUUCAACAUGUUCAACAAGGAUGGAAAA